GUUACUUGAUUUUCAGAUGAGUACCGUGGGGCUGAGUCGCUUCUUUCGGGCAGGAAAAAGCCUCAGGACUGACUCGUGGCUCUCGCGAAUAUUGGUGUCCGGCAGCUGUCAUUUCAGCACCAGCAAUCGUCAGUGCGCCCAAAUUUUCGACGAUCCUGUAAAAGCAGUCCAGGACAUCCGUGAUGGUUCCAAAAUUUUGGUCGGAGGGUUUGGAUUAUGUGGAAUCCCGGAGAAUCUGAUUGGAGCACUGUUGCAGACUAAGGUGAAGGACUUGGUGGCUGUGAGCAACAAUGCCGGUGUGGACAACUUCGGUUUGGGUUUGUUGCUCAAGCAAAAGCAGAUCAAGAGGAUGAUCGCUUCUUACGUCGGUGAGAAUGCUGAAUUUGAGCGGCAGUAUUUGAGUGGUGAGCUGGAAGUCGAACUCACUCCACAGGGAACCUUGGCUGAGAGAAUCAGGGCAGGUGGUGCAGGUAUUCCGGCUUUCUUCACUCCCACAGCCUACGGCACUUUGGUGCACGAAGGUGGAGCACCGAUCAAGUACGCGGCUGGUGGUGCUGCCGUGGAAAUUUCUAGUGAGAGUCGCGAAGACAGGCAAUUUAAUGGACGUAAUUAUGUCAUGGAAACGGGCAUUACGGGAGACUUUGCACUUGUCAAGGCCUACAAGGCAGACAAGGCUGGGAAUCUCAUUUUCAGAAAGACCGCGAGGAAUUUCAAUGCGCCCAUGUGCAGAGCAGCAAAGAUUACUAUAGCAGAGGUGGAAGAAAUCGUGGAAGUUGGAGAGCUGGACCCGGAAUUCGUGCACAUUCCAAGCGUUUACGUGCAGCGAAUUAUCAAGGGUGCUAAUUAUGAGAAGAGGAUAGAGCGCAAAACCAUUAGGAAGGAAAGUGGCGGCCUGUCCUUGGCCAAAGCCACGCCAGCUGCUCAGAUGAGGGAGCGCAUCAUUCGCAGAGCCGCCCUGGAAUUCAAGGAUGGCAUGUAUGCCAAUCUGGGUAUCGGCAUGCCAAUGCUUGCGUCCAACUUCAUCCCGAAGAACAUGACGGUGCAUUUGCAGAGUGAGAAUGGAGUCCUGGGCCUGGGACCGUUCCCCACUGAGGAUGAAGUGGACCCCGACCUGAUCAACGCUGGCAAGGAAACUGUGACCAUCGUGCCUGGUGCCUCGUACUUUGGCUCUGACGAAUCCUUCGCCAUGAUUCGUGGAGGUCACAUUGACUUGACGAUUCUUGGUGCGAUGCAAGUGUCCCAAUAUGGCGACCUGGCCAACUGGAUGAUUCCCGGCAAACUGGUGAAAGGAAUGGGUGGUGCGAUGGACUUGGUGGCCGCCCCGGGAACGAAGGUGGUCAUAGCCAUGGAGCAUGCUGCGAAGGGUGGAGAGCACAAAAUUUUGCCUGCUUGUACGCUUCCACUCACUGGCCAAAGAUGCGUGGACAUGAUCAUCACUGAAAAGUGCGUUUUCAACAUCAACAAGGAAGAAGGGCUAAUUUUGUCGGAGAUUGCUGAAGGCGUGACUAUUGAAGAUAUCGUGUCAUCCACUGGCUGCGAGUUUAAAGUUGCAGAACCACUGACGCCUAUGGGACAAAUUUGAAGUGAGGUCCUUGACGCGUUCGCAAACCUCCGUUCCGGAACCUGAGCAAGACGACACUUCUGGUGCUUCACGUCUCGCCAUUCGGUUUUCUGAUCGAGUUUCGAUGGGAGCGUAAAGGAAACAUUUUUCGGAAAACGCGGGAUUACUUUUUGAAAACUUUUCGAAUUGUCGAUGUACGAGAAAGGGGGGGGGGUUUCUUGCUGCAGCUUAAUUUAUUUUUGAAUUCAAAGGAAAACCUCCGAUGGAAGUGCCGGUGUUUCUCUCUGUUGAAAUGAUUGCAAAAGACAGACAAGGAAAGACAACUUUUCGAGUCGGUGAAA